AUGAAUACCAUCGACAUUUCACCCACGACCGGUGACCCUAUUGCCCCAACGACCUCGCCUACCAACUUGCCUCCUUUGGCCGCCGCCGCCGGGAGCCACCGCCGGUCUCACAGUGUUGCUAUCGCGGGCGGAAGCAGCACAGGCGUUGCUGCUCAUCGCCGUGCCAUUUCCUCUGCUGGUUCAGGCUCUGCUACCAAAGCUCGCCCGUCAGCCCGCAGCUCGGGCUCGGGCUCGUCCAAAUCUUCCCAGACCGAAGGUUCUCAUUCAGAGCCCAGAUCGCCCCGAAUUGUGUACGGCCGAGGCACGAUAGAACGUCUCCCCACCGAGCUGGGCCGCUUGCAUGCGUCUUCGCCAUUAAUCGUCUCCAGCCCAUCGAGAGUCGCUUUAGCCCGCCGCAUUCAGAGUCUCAUCCCGAACCUCAACUCGAGAAUCCUCGACUCGGCCGUUGUCAACGUGCCAGCUCGUGUUGUCGACGACGCUGUUUCUCGCAUAGACGAUCGGGACGUCGUUAUCAGCGUCGGAGGGGCCUCGGCUGUUGGCUUGGCCAAAGCAAUCGGAUGCCGCAAGGGUAUUCCUCACGUCUGCAUUCCUACAACAUAUAGCGGAUCCGAAAUGAUGCCUCUCCUGCUUGAUGCCUAUCCAGCAAGACACAGCAACAUGAAAGAUGGCAGUAGAAGCACCGAUAGUGGCAAUAAGUCUGGUGGUCGCCGUCGCCGUGAGUAUGAGAAGGGCUCGUCCUCGUGCCGCCGCAAAGGAGCACACACCACUUCCUUCCGCGAUCCCAAGGUUUUGCCUUCAGUCAUUAUAUAUGAUGAGGAUCUUGCAACGAGCUUGCCCAAGCGCAUAUCUGCCCCAACUGAUGCGGCAGCCAUGGCACUCUCAACGGAGCUGUUGAAAGAGGACGAAACCGCACAAUGGAGCUACAUCCAUCUCCCUGGUGUUUAA